AUGGAGAUUCACAAUGGCAAGUCUAUCCGAUUUUGGACUGAACUGUGGCACCCGCUAGGUAGGUUGAUUGAUCUCGUGGGGGAUAGUGGUCCACAACAGCUAGGGGUUAUGCAGAAUGCUACCAUAGAUGAAGUCUUCGUUGGAAAUGAAUGGCGUUUUCGCAACUGCAGAGAUUCGACCAUUAGAGGCCUGGCUGAGUGGAUUAAAGAGUAUCGAAUUCAUCUAGUUACUGAUGUGGAAGAUGGUUUAACGGAGUACCAGAGUCUAUUCUCGUCUGGAGAGACCUGGAAUCUUGUUCGUACGCAAGGAGAAUUCAAAGAGUGGAGUAAGGCAGUGUGGUUUACUCAAGGAGUUCCUAGAUUCAGUUAUAUAACGUGGAUGGCGGUUAAAUACAUAUUAGCGACAUGCAGUAGAAAGAGAAGUUGGGGUCAAAUACAAGGUUGUGUCUUCUGUGGAGAGCCUGAGGAAUCAAGGGACCAUUUAUAUUUUGCGUGUCCCUACACUUUUACACUCUGGUUGGAGGUAACUGGAACGCUGUUGUCAAAUGGGGCUAGUCCUGAUUGGAACACGACACUGCAGUAUCUUACAGCCAGGUCGCAUGACUAUCUAUAUAUCUAUACUUGUGAGGCUAGUGUUUCAAGUCUCGGUCUACUACAUAUGGAUCGAGAAGAAUGA